AUGUCUCAAGGUAAACCAAUCCAAUGCUGGAUUCCCCAAGAGUUCACAAGAGGUUGGGAAGAGUAUGCGGAAAACUACUGUUGGGUGUCGAACACCUACUUCUCACCUCUGCCGAAGCGUCUACCACAGAGUAUGGCAGAUCGCGAUAACGCCCGCAUUCUCUACUACCAAUGGGCACCCAUCCUCAUGGCUAUUCAAGCCCUCCUUUUUUACCUGCCCUGUCUAAUUUGGCGUCUCUUCAACUCUCAUUCCGGCUUCAACGUACGUCGUAUUAUGCAAAUGGCGAACGACUCCAAUAUUCUCCUGCCCGAGCAUGGCCUAAAAAAUGUGCGCUUCAUUGCACGUUACAUGGAAGGCUGCAUUUACCGUCUGCGUGACUAUAAACGUAUCAUCUCCACCGGUGCUGGAUGUGCUGCUGCCGCCUCCUCGUUCCCUUACCGUGGCAUGCAGCGUUUUCCUCUAGAGACUGAAUUACCCCCUCCUGGAUACACGAAAAGUGAAUUGGAGACCCGUAGAGGCGGUGGUGAUAAACGCAGCAAUGGGGAGCCAAAUCUGGGGGUCUCUUUAGCACGACGGAACAAACGAACCACUGGAUCCUUGUGUGGUUGUGGUCGAGGCGGUCUCGGAUCAUGUUGGGGAUCCAGAUCAUCGCGAAGGCGGUCGAGAAAGCUUCCCCUAAAUCCUAUCAUUGAAAGUAGUCCUGCAGCGGGAUUAGCUUCACCUGCAGAGCGGACGGACAUGACCCAAAGAGGUGGGAAAUCAACACCGGGAGGGUACAGCUGUUGCGGACGAAGGAGUGGCAACUUUCUCGUAGUGCUGUACUUCUUCGUAAAGGGACUCUAUCUAAUCAACAUUGUUGGACAGUUGAUCCUGAUGGAGAAGUUUAUUGGAACAAACACCGCCUUCUACGGGGUGCGAGUGCUAAUAGAUCUGCUGCAAGGCAGUGAUUGGCACACCUCUGGCAACUUUCCUCGUGUCACCUUUUGUGACUUUGAGGCGAAAAAAUUGGGCAAAAAUCAGUUGCUAAUAGAAAAGACAAGGGAGAUUCAUGUCACCUUCUUUCAGGACUUUCACUGGUUGGACUAUAAAGUAGCCUAUCCAUUGUAA